AUGGACCAUCACCACCACGGGCAGCAGCACUACGUGGACAACGCGCCGUGCGACCCGACCGCCCGGCAGGGCAUACCGCCCCAUCACUACGGCGGCCCCACGGCCGGCGGCCAACCGCCUCAGGGCAUGCCGUACCCGAGGUUCCCGCCGUACGACCGGAUGGAAAUCCGGCAGGCGGCCGCCGCGGCCGGUUACUACAAUAACAAUCAUCACCAAUCGUCCAUGGACGGCUACAGCCGACCCGAAUCGCCCAUAGUCACCGGCGGCGGCAUGGGCCAGAUGACCAUGAACGGACACACGCCCGUCGUGUACGCCACGUGCAAGCUCCAGGCUUCCGUGGCCAACGGACUCGUCGAACCGGCCAGCCCCACCGACAUGGUCGACAUGACCAAUCACCAUCAGCAGCAGCAGCAGCAGAUGACGGCCGCCGGUCACCACCAUCACCAGCAGCAGCAGCACCACCAUUCGGCGCCGCCCCCUCAACCGCACCAUCAGCAGCAGCAGCAACAGCAGCAGGCGUACUUCAGCAACCUGAGUCCGCAGCACCACCACCAGCAGCAACAGCAGCCCGUUCCCCCGGCCCCGGGGCACCACAACCAGGUCGUGGUCAACCCGCACCAGCACACGCCGCCGCUGCAGACGCCCACCGCCCAAAACCAACAGGCGGUCAACAACAACUCGGUGCCGAGUCCACUGUACCCGUGGAUGAGAAGCCAAUUCGGUGAGUUGUCCGCGCGACAUACGCGUCAUUAACUAUUAUAGACGUGAAAAAUAUCGUUCCCGUCUAAUAACCAUCCCCUGUUGUUUCUACUAUUACUUACCCGUUCAGUUCCCUUUAAGCGGAUAGCCCGGAACAAUUUUCGUUUCGUUUACUUCUCCUUCCCGCCCUCGUUUAACGGUAGCAUCACUCGUGUACAGUCUGCGCAGAAUCGUCUCGGACC